AUGGUGCUCGAGACGUGGGUUUUGUUCUUUGUUUCCGCGGUGUCUCGCGGCGGCGGGUCUACCGGUUAUCCAACGGACCUCCUGCGGAUGGUGAAGCUCGCACGGCUCACGCGCUCGGUACGUGUCGCGCGGGUUCUUCGUAGCGUCCCCGAGUUGGCCGUGAUCAUGCGAGGGAUCAUGGUCGUCAUGCGGACUGUAUUUCUCAUCUUGAUGCUCUUGACCAGCCUCCUUUACGUAUUUGGCAUAAUAUUCGUGCAGAUCGCGAGGGACACAGAGCUGAACGAGAACGGGGAAUACAAAGAUGUUCCGUCGGCCAUGAUGACGCUAGUUCUAGGAGGCCUCAUCCCCGAUAUGGCGCCCACGACGUAUGCCAUCGCAGGGGAGAGUUGGCUUUUCGCAGCGAUGUUCCUAAUCUUUGUCUUCUUGGGCUGGUACGUUGGCGGAUCAUGA